GGCCUCUGAGAUGUUCUCUGCUCAGCCUUUUUUUGCCCCAGGUCCCCGCUGUGCAGGGAGUGAUGCUUAUUCUCUUCCAUGCCAUGGUCACCCCAUUGCUCUGUGUCAUCCGUGCUGCCCCUCUUUCCCACACCACUACCCUCCUUAACACUACCGAUGUCCUCUGGAAUGAGGCUCCCUUGCAGGAUUGGGACCUCUUCUCUCCACGGGUUGCUCUUUCCAACCGUGAGCCGGCAGGGCCACCGCUGCUUUUCCUCAUGGAGGACUCUAGUGCCCAGCCAGGGCAGGCUGCUAACAGAACGCUCAAGUCCAAACGGUCACUGGAUGGGUCCAUCCGCCGAGGAGAAAUGUCGGUGUGUGACAGUGUCAAUGUCUGGGUGACAGACAAGCGGACAGCUGUGGACAUCCGUGGCAAAACUGUGACCGUGCUUUCUGAGGUCCAGACGCUUACAGGCCCCCUGAAGCAGUAUUUCUUUGAGACGAAAUGUAAUCCGGCAGGGGGCACAGUGGGGGGUUGUCGGGGUGUGGACCGACGCCACUGGAUCUCCGAAUGCAAGGCUAAACAGUCCUACGUGAGGGCCCUCACGGUGGAUUCUGACAAGAUUGUGGCCUGGCGCUGGAUCAGGAUUGACACCUCGUGUGUCUGCACCCUACUCACUCGCACUGGCCGGACGUAG